AAGGGUGCGAGUGUGACACGGAAACACCAACGAAAGGACCAAGGAGAAGGAAAGCGAAGCCGAACGAGAGGGGAAGUUAAUGUCAAGUGUCAACACAAGACAAGACAGUUGAAUGAGACGAUGAGAAGAGGAACGUGGCUCGUAGGGCGUAGGGGUAGUAUAACUAAAAAGUAUGUAGGUAGCUAUUUUUAACCCCCGCGAGCGACAAACACGAAAGGGGGUUGGAAAUGGAAAUUGAGGGAGUGGGGGUUUGAGAUGUCUCCCUCCUCCCUCUGUUUCAACCUUGUUCUUCCUUAAUCUCUCCGAAAAACGAUGGCCGAGGAAUUCUCGAAAUCGGUGGAGGAGGGGCUGCGCCUCUCCAAGCGCAUAUACUUCGGCAAUGACAGGGCCGUGUCGCCGCCCAGACCCCCUCCCACCAUGUCCAAGUCCCACACCGCUUACCUCCCAACCGCGCCCAUGCUCUACGCUGUUAUAAAUGACCCUUCAAUCGUCGACAACCCCGAUGUUCCCAGCUACCAGCCCUACGUCCACGGCAAGUGUGACCCUCCCGCUCUCAUUCCCCUCCACAUGAAUUCCUUCAACCUCGCCGCCCAUUGCUUCCUCAACGCCGCCGCCUCCCUCUCCCUCUCCGCCGCCUGGAGACUCCACUGCAUCUCCGGCAGCCGCUCCUGCGAUUGCCUCAUCGCCAUGCCCCUCCCGCAUCAGGGUUCAAUUCUAGGUGUGGAGGUCACCGUUCAUAGGAAAUCUUAUUCCACUAAGCUGGUUGAUCUGAAAGACAACAAUGGUGAGGAGAAUAUGAUCCUAGCUCAAAAUGGAGGCUUUAUCGGGCCUAAUUUGUUUACUUUGAGUAUACCGAAGAUUGAUGGAGGUUCCAUUUUAUCUGUUAAAAUUAGUUGGCACCAGAAGAUACAAUACAGCAAUGAUAUGUUCUGCUUGAAUGUGCCUUUUAACUUUCCUGAUUUUGUCAACCCUGUUGGAAAGAGAAUGGCCAAAAAAGAAAAGAUAGAAAUAAAUGUGAAUGCUGUAACUGGAAGCGAGCUUAUUUGCCAGUCAAUGAGUCAUACCCUGAAGAAAGUGAGGCAGAAUGCUGGGAGUGUGGGUUUCUUGUAUGAGUCAGAUGUUCUCGCGUGGUCAAAAACCGAUUUCAACUUUUCAUAUCAUGUGCCUGAUUCUUCAAGUCAGAUAAGUGGUGGUGUUCUUUUGGAAUCUGCAUCUUUGGAUGAUUUUGAUCAAAGAGAGAUGUUCUGCAUGUACCUUUCUCCUGGAAAUCGUCAGAGUAGGAAGAUAUUCAGAAAGGACAUCGUGUUUGUGAUUGACAUAAGUGGAAGCAUGCGGGGAAAGGUAAUUGAUGAGACAAAGAAUGCACUAUCGGCUGCUCUUUCUAAGCUCCAUCCUGAUGAUUCGUUUAGUAUUAUAGCAUUUAAUGGAGAUAUAUAUCAAUUUUCAAAAUCAAUGGAAUCGGCUUCGAAGGAUGCUGUUGAAAGGGCCAUUGAGUGGAUUAACAUGAAUUUUAUUGCAGGGGGUGAUACAAAUAUUUCGCAGCCCUUAAACACGGCAAUAGAGAUGCUAUCUGAUGCUCAAAGUUCAGUUCCAAUUAUUUUCCUAGUUACAGAUGGAACUGUUGAAGAUGAGAGGCAAAUUUGUGAUAUGAUGAAGAAUCAUAUGAACAAUGGAGAGUUAAUAUCCCCCCGAAUUUACACUUUCGGCAUAGGUUUAUUCUGCAAUCAUUAUUUCUUGCGGAUGCUUGCUAUGAUUGGUCGGGGUCAACAUGUUGCAGCAUUGGAUGUAGAUUUGGUCGAGCCUCAGAUGCUGAAAUUGUUUGACAAAGCUUCAUCUCUUGUUCUUGCAAAUAUCACAAUGGACAUAUUCAAUGAUCUAGACGAAGUUGAGGUGUGCCCCUCCCAUAUUCCAGAUCUUUCCUCAGAUGAUCUUCUGAUUUUAUCUGGAAGAUACAAGGGAAGUUUUCCCAAAGAUCUAGAAAUUAAAGGUGUCUUGGCUGAUUUCAGUAAUUUUGUAAUAGAUAUGAAGAUUCAAGAGGCUAAGGACAUACCUGUACAAAGGAUUUGUGCAAGAGAUCAAAUAGAGUAUCUUACUGCUCAAGCAUGGCUCUCAAAAGAUGAAAAAUUAGAAGAGCAGGUUGCAAAACUAAGCUUACAAACUGGCUUUCAAUCCGAGUACACGCGUAUGACAAUUCUCGAGAAUGAUGAGCGUCUAAAGAAAGCCAAGGAAUCAGGUGGAAAGAAAGAAGGCAAGAAGGUGUCAAAAAAGAGCCAUCCUAAGAGUGGAGCAAAUGCCCCAGGCGAGAGAACGUUUUUGCUCCCUCACUUAGGUAUAGGAUUUGGUGACUUGGCUGCAACUGUUGAAAACAUUCAACCAGGAUCUCAAGACACAAAAGGGCCUGACAGUGCUGAAAUCUUUGUUAAGGCAGCCACAAAUUGUUGUAGCACCUUCUGCAGUUACUGCUGUUGCAUGUGCUGCAUCAAGGCAUGUACCAAGAUAAACAACCAAUGUGCAGUUGCACUCACUCAGCUUUGUGUUGGCUUAGGAUGCUUCGGUUGCCUCAACUGUUGUGCAGAAUUAUGCUGCAAUGGAAAUGAUAGCUGAAAUCUCAACAUAUGUUGUAUGGUUAUUGUAUACUACAUAGAUGCUGUUUACUGGGUUGUUAAUUUGGAAAUGUAUGUGCUUAAGUCAUCAGUUUCGUUUUAUAGUUCAUUUUCUUGCUAAAGUUUAGUGGAAUAAAUUUUCCAAGAGGA